GGUCUCAGUGUAAACGACUGGCCCGGUCUUGCCGGUCUUAUGUAUACCGAGAUAUUUAGCUUAGAUUUUCUAACGCCAUUGACUGAAAACGAUACACAUUUUAAACUAGAACCGCAUCCCUCGCUCGACUUAACACGUUACACAGAAAUGGUACAAAACGCUACCGAUGUGAUAGGUUCCAAAGGACUGGAUUUACUGGGUAACGUGUAUGCGCCGCGUGGUAAUGUGCAAGUACAUUUACCAUUCCUCGAAGUGACGGCCUUCAAUCCACGUUCAAGGAUCACGCUGACUUUUAGAAAGCCAGAGAAGCGAGAUAUGUCUGUUGGCUUGACGACGCCGCGUGUGCGCGCCCACCGCUCGCAACACACGAAAACGCCCGAACCAUUGAAGCCUUGGCGCCCCUGGAAGAAGAAAUCGGAUGAGAAGAGUGUCACGGAAAAACUGCUUAUACCUUUGCCUGUGCCGCAUCCAGUGCAUAUUGCAAUUGCCAUACAUAAUCGUGACACCGAAAACCCCAUACCGCUGGACUCAGAGCUCGUAUGGGAAAUCCUCAAAUCGAUUGAAGAUUGUCAGGGUGGUGAUGUGAUGGCCGUGCAAUCAGUUGCGCGCUAUCGUGGCGCUGUGACUGAAUCGAGCAAUGACUCCCUGGCCACCAGCAGUAGCAUUGGCAGCACACGGGAUUCCGGUUCCGGUUCGGGCAUCGUAGGCAAUGGCACCGAAACCUUGCCAUGCGUCAAUCGCGAGGUUUGCACGCAGGUGAAGGUGGCGGAGGAGCCAGCACAAUCGUCUGGCUUCCAUUGGACACUCAGUAACUGGGGUGCAGCGCAAACGGCGCGUCGGCGCACCAACUCAAAUGUGCGCGUUGAUUUGGCGAGUCCCGAAGAUAUUUCACUAGACACCGAUAGUUCGCGCGCCGUCUUCAAUCCCUACGGUACAACAGUUUAGAUAGAUGGCCAGUGAUACAAAUACCUACAUAUGUAUGUGAACAGCUAUGAAAUGAUAAUGUCACAUUUUAAUUUGCAUAUAAAUUGAAAUUGUGUUUUAUAAGAAGUGAACAAAUUUGGAAUUGCUGUGCGACGAAGUGGCAGCAUAAAGUUGGUCAAACAACGAUUGGUAGCAAAAGCAUGUAAUGACAUGCAUAUGCGUAUUCUAAAAGCAUCAGCAUAUACAUGCAUACAUUCAUAUACGCAAGCGUAUGCAACUCAUAUGCAUACGUUCAUAUAUAUACAUACAUACAACAUACAUAUAAAAGUGAAUACAUGGUAGUUAUAUAUAAUUAUACAGGCGA